AGCAGGGGGCCGUGCAGCACAGAUACGCGGCACAGUGUUGUGCUGCGCAUCUGUGCUGCGCUUGUGCUCACCGCCGUCACGAAGCCCGCACAGACCAGCGUGGUGAAAUUCUGGCAUCGCGUGCCGGGCGGUCACGUGUGGGAGAGUGACGUCGGAGCAAUGGCCGCCCCCGUCAUGUCGGCGUGGAGGUCGCUGCGUGGGCUGGCCGGCCUGCUUCCUGGUGUGUCCGGAGCGGCGGGGAGGAGGAGCGGCGCCGCCGCAUUCACCACGGUCCCGGCAAGGCCGGCACAGCGAGCCCUAGGGCCGGCUCAUGGGGGCGGCACGCCGGCAGAGCGAGAGGCCGAGUGGCAGCGCCGCGUGCUCGAGGAGCCGCUCAAGCACCCGGACUUCUUCCGUGUCUCUGAGCUCGUGUCCCUGCGCGACCUCUUCACGGCACGCGUCCACCUGGGCCACAAACGCGGCUGCCGCAACAGGUACAUGACCCCGUACAUCUACGGCUGCCGGCUGGGUCAAGACAUCAUCGACCUGGAUCAGACGCUGGAGCACCUGGUGUCGGCGCUGAACUUCACGGCGCAUGUGGCGUACCGCGGCGGCGCCGUGCUGUUCGUGACAAGAGCGCGCCAGCACGUGCACCUCGUGGAGGAGACGGCGCGCGCGUGUGGCGAGUUCGCCCACGCGCGCUACUGGCAGGGUGGUUUGCUCACCAACGCGCCGGUGCAGUACGGCGUGGGCGUGCGUCUGCCGGACCUGCUGGUGUUCCUGGGCACGCAGAACAACGCGUUCGAGCAGCACGUGGCCGUGCGCGACGCCGCCAAGCUAAGCGUGCCGACCGUGGGCAUCGUGGACUCCAACUGCGACCCGAGCAUCGUCACCUUCCCCGUGCCGGGCAACGACGACUCGCCCAGCGCCGUGCGCCUCUAUUGCGCCCUCUUCCGCGCCACCAUCACGCGCGCCAAGGAGCGCCGGCGCCACCUCGAGACGCUGCACCAGGCGGCGAACGCCGCCACCACCGCCGCCGCCAGCAUCGCCACCGGGAGUUAAUGGUCGAAUCGGCCACCGGCAAAAGCAGGCACUGCUCUUGGUGAAAUGGAACUCUUGUUCAUUAAUCGCCGCCGGCGCGACCGCCGCCAGCGCUGGUGGCAACACUGGCGCCACCACCGCCACUGGAAGUUAAUGGCUGUGCCUGCACCAGCGAGGCGUAGACAGCUCUUCCCGGCAAUUUUGGAUCUCCGCAUCACCGACACCACUAUCACGGCCACCAGGGCCUGUGCACAAGCGCCGACACCACAGCCAGCUCAUUAACGGUCGAGCCUGCCCUCGCAAUGUUGCAGCUUAAUGUUGUCGUUGUACCAACACCACCCCUGUGAGCCACACAGUGGCGGUGGGGAGGGUAGUUUGCGCAGCCAUCCGGGCGUUCGAGAGGCCCCGAACUCCCGAUUGUCCGUCGUUUCGCGUUUCGUUUUUUUUCUACAUUUUCCUCAAAAUUAUUCGAAUAAAGGAAACUGGACGCCACCAACGUGCGUCGCCCCACA